CAGGUGAAAAUGAAGCUGAACGAGCGGAGCUUGGCCUUCUACGCCACCUGCAGCUCCCCCACGGACCAGGCCGGUUUCCUCCACAAGAAAGGCGAGCGCAACACGGCCUACCACCGACGCUGGUUCGUGCUGAAGGGGAACAUGCUGUUUUACUUCGAGGACCGAGAGAGCCGAGAGCCGGUCGGGGUCAUCAUCCUGGAAGGCUCGACGGUGGAGCUGUGCGAGUCCACCGAAGAGUUCGCCUUCGCCAUCCGCUUCGGCUGCGCCAAGUCCCGCACCUACAUCCUGGCGGCCGAGACCCAGGCCGCCAUGGAGUCGUGGGUGAAGGCUCUCUCGCGGGCCAGCUUUGGCUACAUGCGCGUGUUGGUGAAGGAGCUGGAGAAGCAGCUGGAAGAGAUGCAGCGGAACCUCUCCGGCUCCCACCGGGUCCAGAGGAGGUCGCCCCUUUACCGGAAAAACAGGUCCGCUCCGAAUUUGGAGCCAGCCGCCUCUGGCCCAGCCCUUCCUCAGGCGGCGCCGAGCCUCCCGAUCAGCAUCCUGCCGAAAGAAAACGGCUGUGCCUUAUGGUAUAAUUCCGAAGGGCCUCGCAGCCUGCCCAGCGGGUACCCCCCAGAUGAGACAGGGGCAUCUGGGGGUAACAGCCACGAGGGGGGUCUCAAGCCGCCCCCUUUGCCACCACGGAAAAGAGCCUCUUCAGGGAACUGCUGUGGGGCCGGGGGCUCUGGGGUCGACGCCCUGGUGUACUCAGACAGCGCUUGCUUUUCCCAGCUCCACAACUGGUACGGCAGGGAGAUUCUUGAACUGCGAAGAGUGUGGAUGGAGGGGCAGAGGGGCGGAAGCCUAUGA